CGAAACCUGAGAGAAGCAAGAAACGGUAGCGCUGCCUCAGUGGCAGCCUGCGCUUGUCUGCGGGUCUCCGUGGCCGUACAUUUUUGAUUUUUGCUUCAACUAUGCAACAAUCACUGUAUCAGAACAAGGGAACCCUCGUCCCGGGUCAGACGAUAUCAGUCAACAAGUAUACCGUGCAAGUCGAGAAGUACCUCAGCCAAGGUGGCUUCUCUCAUGUAUAUCUUGUGAGGACACCGGCUCCCAUCUACAAUACCACCCACCAUGUCCUCAAACGCAUCGCAGUCGCGAGUGACACCAUGCUUGCGGAGGUGAAGAAGGAAGUUGAUAUCAUGAGGAUCCUGAAAGGCCAUCCGAACGUUGUAUACCUGAUCGACGCUGCCUGGCAUCGGAUGUCCAACGGUCAAUACGAGGUUUUCAUCCUUAUGGAAUUCUGUCAGGGCGGGGGCAUCAUCGAUAUGAUGAACAGGCGGCUUCGCGAACGCCUCACAGAGGCUGAAAUACUGCAGAUUUUCGUUGAUGUCUGUGAAGGAGUUGCCGCGAUGCACAACUUGCGACCCCCUUUGUUGCACCGUGACCUGAAAGUCGAAAAUAUUCUUCAGUCUUCCUCAACUACCUUCAAACUAUGCGAUUUCGGUUCAGCAACGCCCGUGUCCCCUAGACCACCAGCUACAACGCAGGAAAUCCGGAUCCUUGAAGCAGAUCUCAACCGUCACACGACGCUUCAAUAUCGGGCUCCAGAGAUGAUCGACCCUUACCUCCGUCGCCCUGUUGAUGAAAAAUCAGACGUAUGGGCACUAGGCGUCUUGCUCUACAAGUUAUGCUAUUAUACAACCCCAUUCGAGGAACACGGCCCUCUUGCUAUACUAAACGUGCAGUAUCGUAUCCCCCCGUAUCCCGUAUAUUCUCCGCAGCUCAACGCUCUAAUUGCAUCGAUGCUGCGCGAACACGGAACACAGCGGCCUAGCGUGUUUGAACUUCUUGAUCAAGUUCACCGCAUGCGCGGUACCAAGUCCCGAUUUGUAUACCAUAUACCACCACCCCAACCACUUUCUCCGCGCGCCGUGCACCCUCAUCCUACUACCUCCCGUGACAAUUCAGCAGCAUCGAUUCGCCCAAAGUCUUCAAAUGCACAGUCCAAACAGAAGGAUGCUAUUCCUGCAGUACAAAUCAAAGAGAAGGCUUUGGACAAUGUUGCUCUGCGGAGGGGCCGCCCUGGCCUCCAGAAGGAGUCGUUGUUGUCCUCGACGUCUCGUCCCGCGAGUCCAACAACAGGAUCAUUGUCAACAUCAGUGAAAGUUGUGAAGCGUGACUGGCUGGCCGAUGACGAAGACAAAGCAUGGAGAGCCCUGAAGAGUAAUACACCGAGUGCAGGGGAUAACAGACCUCAGGGAUCCGGCGAUGCCGGUUGGUCUGCAUGGAAGCCUAAGAGCGUUUCUUCUAGUAGCUUGGCCGAUGAACCUUCGGUACCGAAACACACGGAACCAGGCUCGGCACUCACGACGUUCGGUGAUAACUUCACAGAACCGUGGCGUACUAGUGACACCGUGGUGACGAGCUCUGCUCCGAUUGCAUCCAAAGUCAGGUUAACACCUUCAAAGCUUGCGUCACAUCCCGAAGGCUCUCGAAAUACGAAGCUUGUCAUAUCCAAGGGGAGGGACGCCUUCGAUGGGUUAGGGUUGCCUACAUCUGUACCUCAACCACCGACGUUGGGUGAGGCACGCAAGCUAAGAACUGGCUUGGCUACAAUUGGUGAUUAUAGGCACCGCGUCUCUGUGGCACCAAAUCCCUCAGUUAUCCCUGUGAUACCUUCUUCUGCAGCAUCUCCUCGUCCCCCACUUCCUCGUACUGGCUCAUCUCAAAAAUCCAGUCCCUCCGUGAAACCCAUGCCCUUGGUUUCUGCAAAAUUAUCAGAGGCGCUCCAACCACACGAUAUCCCCAUCGAGGCGAGAUUCCCGCCAUUAGAGCAACUGGACCCUACCCUCGCAGCAGUGAAUCCUUCUCGUCCUAGUUCACCGGCAGAUUUAUCUGUUCGGGAGAAUAUAAUCGAUUUAUCUGAACCACCUUUAUCACGAUUCCUUCAGGCCCAGCGCUUAGCUCCUUAUCCUCCUCAGCGCGUCGCCCAUUCCCAAGAAAUCUCAGGUGGUACAAUUAGGGACACGAAAGCCGACCAAUUGCGAUCGCACGUUACACUGGGUGGUGUCAAUGAUGCAGCCCCGCACACACGUCUCAGUCGCUUAGGUGUAUCUCCGUCGCCAUCGCCUGGGAAGCAUGCAGCAAGUGCUCAUACACAAACAGAGCAGCCAAGCGGACUUCUCGAUAUUGGAAGCUCCUCAGCGCCCAGCCUGUCAGAGGUGCACAAUGCUCAAGAACCUAGAGACUGGCUGACUGGAGAUGUUGACAGUCAGCUAUCCGCAGUAAAGGAGUCGCAGCUUGCAAAUACCGAUACACCGGAGACACCAGUACUGCGCGAGUUCACGAAGAAGCGGUCGUCCUUCAUCGAGGAAAAUACCGUCUGCAUCCCAUCGCCGCAAGAAGGCAUUACAGGCCAACAGCCCCUACCUAAAUCUGCGAACCCUCAAUUGUCGACCAAGACAUUCCCCCACUCCCCGCGUCCCGAGGAUCGCCACCGAAUUGGCCGCACUGCAGCUUCAGAGAGCACCAAGGGUUCAACCACAGAACCUAUCCGACCAUCUCCAGAAAGAAUAGGUGGCAGCUGGCAAUAUUCGUUCCUAGAGAGCGCACAGGAAGCAAAGUCUUCGAGUGAUGAGGAGAGCCCUGAAGACGCUGCAGGGGUGAUUCCAGGCAAACUAGCUGAGAAAGGUAGAAGUUCUGUACGGAAACGGAGAGGAAGACAAAGUUCUGUGCACGAUCUCGUCGACCUUUGGGGUGGUGGGGUGGUGCAGACCAGGGAGAGGGUGAAGGAUGCAAUCCAGGACUCCGUCGUCCGCAACCCGAGUAAUGAUCUCGUGACACAUUCGUCGAAGACUCGCUCGAUAAUUGCGCCGCUGGCCACGACACCCGGAACGCCACAGUGUGCACAGGCACGCUCGUCGGAUGGUGGGGCGGUUGAUGCGCCUCGUCCACCCAGCAGAACAUCUGGCCGACGCUCCCCCGUGUCACAAGUCAAGCGGAUGUCAACUUCAGCCUCGACUGCGUCUCCUGCACCUACAUUGUCCCAUACACGCCCCCAAUCCCUUUUACUAUUUCCGGUGUCAAAACCAGUUUCUGACGGGAAGUCGGAAACACCUAGCACCCCCACUGGGUUGAGUGUCCCGCAAGAUGGGUUUCGGAAGAAUGGGUCUCGGCGAACAUCCAUUACGGAUAUGGUACAACGAUAUGAGGCGAUCAAUGCAAACGUGAAGGCUACUGGGCACGGACCACCUUUGACCCUUCCUAAACCGUCGGGUUUGAAGAUUUCUCCUGCAGCCACUUCUUCUAGCACUGGGACUCGACCGACACAGACCAUUCGAUCGCCUUCCAUUUCUAGAUUCAGUUCUUCGCGAGUUAGCGAGCACUCCUCACCGGACAAAGAUGCUGAUAAGCGGCCUUCGCCCAGUGGUUCGACCAUGCCUAGUUCAUAUGAACUGUUAACUGGGUUGCCCAGUAGUUCUAGCAGCAAGUUUUUACCCUCUCCUUCUGAGCGUCAUGGACCAAUCGAUGGGCUGCCCCCUGUCCACAGUACAGUACCUUCUGAAGAACAUCGGCGCUCACCAUCACCUGAGAAACCUUACCAAGGUGUUGGCAAACUGAUCGAUCAGUGGCAAAGGAAAUCUGAGGAGGCUGACUCUGCACGCAAUCCUUUGCCUCGAAGGGGAUAUGCUCCCAAGCGAGCCGGCCUCGUUUAGGACUGUUAGUCGUCUAUACGAACCUGCGACCCUCAUU